ACAUUUUAGACAUUGACCAUGAAAGUGACAGAUGUCAAAUGUUGAGUUUCUGGAUACUUCUGAUUCAACUUUGAUAUUUUUUCCAAUUGAAAUAGCAGAACAAAAAUAUUUUUUGGAGCUUUACAACCAGUAAUCAUGGUGGACUACAGUAAAUGGAAAAACAUUGAGAUAUCAGAUGAUGAAGAUGAAACCCAUCCAAACAUUGAUACACCUUCACUAUUUAGAUGGAGGCACCAAGCCAGAAUCGAACGAAUGGAAGAAAGGAAGCGAGAGCUUGAAACCAUUGAGAGGAAAAAGUCUGAAAAUGAGCAAAAAAUCAAUGAUGUGAAAAAGAAAUUAGUAGAAGCUGAAAAAUGUAAAGCUGAUAACUUGGAAGUACUGAGGAAACAACUUCAAGAUUUAGAGAAGGAAGCUGAGACUAUCAAGAAAGAUGAAGAAGAAAUGAAAAAGAAAGACAAG